AAAAACAUAAAAAAAAAACAAUAAUUAACACUCACCAAAAGGAAAGAGUCCACUUACCUAGACUAAACUUUGCUAACGAACAGUCCUUCCUCUCCCUGGCUCCUCCUCCCCUGCAACCUUCACUCGUCCGUGGUGUCUCGCCCGUCCGUCCAUCCAAGCACCACGCCUCGUUCCCCCCGGAGGGCCCUUCUUAUUUCGCCUCUUCCCCUCCCAUCCAUCCCCUCUCAUUGCUGUUAUUUAUUCCUCUUCCUCUUGCACGGUCCCGACCUCCCAAAUCAAUCGAUUUAUCCUGUGCAUCUGUAUAAACCAUAGAUUUCGGUACAAUCAAUCAAGAUGUCGGUCGAGCAAAACCCUAAUCUGGAGAAGGAGAUUGGUGCCGAGUCCGAGAGCAACGGAGCCGCUCCCAUCAGACACGAAAUGUCUGCGGAGGAGACUGCCAGAGCCGCUGCGCGCUUCGGUUAUGGUCCGAUGGCUCAUGUCAACACUGCUGAGGCCCAGCUGCGUCCUUUCGGAGGAGAAUUCCAGCCCGGUCUAUACAAGUCGGUGGAAGGCCGCAAGUUCGCCAACCCAGCUCCCUUGGGUCUCUGCGCUUUCGCUCUCACCACUUUCGUCCUAAGUGCUGUCAACAUGGGAACCCGUGGUAUUUCGGCUCCCAACAUUGUCGUCGGUCUAGCUUUCGGAUACGGUGGUCUCGUGCAGCUCCUUGCUGGCAUGUGGGAAAUGGCUGUCGGAAACACCUUUGGUGCCACGGCUCUGUCGUCUUAUGGUGGUUUCUGGCUCUCCUUUGCGAUCAUCCUGACCCCCGGUGGUUUUGACAUCGAGUCCGCUAUCGAGUCGGCUGGCGGUGCGCCAAUGUUCUAUAACUCGAUGGGUUUGUUCCUGAUGGGCUGGUUCAUCUUCACCACCAUCAUGCUGUUCUGCACCCUGCGCUCCACCGUUGCCUUCUUCCUGCUGUUCUUCUUCCUGGACCUGACCUUCUUGCUUCUGGGUAUUGGCUACCUGCAGCGCAACGACACCAACGAGGUCAACACUCCUGUCAUCAAGGCGGGUGGUUUCUUCGGUUUCCUGGCUGCCUUCGCCGCUUGGUACAACGCCUUGGCGGGUAUUGCCGACAGCAGCAACAGCUUCUUCAUCAUUCCCGUUGCUCACUUCCCCUGGUCUCCGACUGCUCGUUCUCGCCAGAAGACUGCUCGCGAGACUGUCUGAGGGACGGUGUUGCGAUCGUACAGUUCCAGGCCCUUGAAGCGGCCCUGCUAUGUUCCGAGGGACAUGCCUGUUUAAUUCUGAUACCCAAAUAUGUAGGCCCCUCCCUUUGGCUAUUGGUUUGCAUCAUAGGCCUUCGCGCGGGUUGGUGGUCCGGU